UCUUACAUAAAAAGUAUACAAUUUUAUAUAUUAUAGAAAUAGAAUUUGUCAAUAAUAUGAGAGGUAGGGCUGGGCAGCUAUCAACUACCACAACUAAUCUGACCAAUCUAUCGAUCCAUCCACCCGUUUUGUCAAGCUUAUGCCCUCUUUUUUCCUUUUCAACUGUGUUUGAUAUCUCCCCAUCACAGUGAAAUGUAUAUAUAUAAACUUCUUUCCACACACCUCUUUGACAAAUUAACCAUCCAAUCCCACAUUUCUUCCUUCAACUCUAAAAAUCACAACACUAAAAAAUGAACCAUGUUGAGCAUAUCGCUUAUGACAUGGUCAUGAUCACUCUUUCCAUGUCUCUCAUCGUCCUCGCCAUCAUCCUCUUCCUUGCUUGCAAGAAGAAGCCCGUUGAAUCCGAAGAAACACUCCCCGUGAAGCUUUGUGCUCGUGCACACCCCUUGAUGGAAAUCGAUGCUGCCACCGAUGGCUUCAACCCCAGGAGAAUCAUUGGCCAGGGUCGCUUAGGAACCGUGUAUGCAGGGACACUGGACAAAGAAAAAGAACAACUUGUAGCCUUGAAGCGUAUUCACCCUUUUCUUGUGUUGAGCAAUGCAGGGUUUGGUUUCUCAUCCGUGUUGAAGUGGCUCUCCUUGGCUCAACACCCCAACGUGGUUCCAAUCAUAGGGUUCUCAGAAGCACCCGGUGAGAGAGUUAUUGUGAUGGAGUUUGUGCACAUGGCAAGCUUGGACUUCUACUUGCACCAAAACCAAGAUGGGGCUUCACUUUUGGAUUGGAACAAGAGGUUCAGGAUUGCAGCUGGAGUAGCAAGAGGGCUUCAAUACCUGCAUGAAGUGGUGGCACCAAACAUAGUACAUGGGUGUGUCAAGUCCUCUAAUAUUCUCAUUGAUGUUAACUUUUGUGCUAGGAUUUGUGAUUAUGGGCUUAACUUUUUGGCACCUGUGGAAAAGAGGGGGAUAGUGGGGUAUGUGGAUGAUGAGUAUUGGAGUGAAAGAAGGGGUGGUGUAGCUACCAAGGAAAGUGAUGUUUAUGGGUUAGGGGUGGUUUUGUUGGAGCUUUUAAGUGGGAAAGGGUGUGAGGGAGGGUUGUUGGUGAAGUGGGCUUUGCCUUUGAUAAGAGAAACCAGUUUCAGUGAACUUUUGGAUCCUAGGUUGGUUAUUCCUUCUGACAUGAAGCCUUUGGUUAGAUUAGCCAAAGUUGUUUCAGCUUGUGUUGGUAAUUCACGGAAAUGUAGGCCUUCGGUGGCUCAAGUGGCAACCAUUUUGAACAACUUAGAAACGGAAGUGUGUCUCUGACUCUGAUCUUCAUGAUGAUGAUGUAGUCAAAAGUCAAAUUGAUUGAGCAAAUUGCCUUCCAAUUUUGUUCAAAUUACCUAGAAUUUCAAUACAAAAAGCACGCGUUUCUAGUAAGAAAACAAAAGUUGGUCUUAUCAUAUGAUUAGUUACCAAAAUGAUUAAAAUGAAGAGGACAAUAUUACUGAGGUAAGUUAGGUGAGUUUGACAUUCAUCGGAUGGCAGUAAUUGGUAAGAAAAUUGAUAGAUUUUGAUGAGGGAGGGGCCUUAUAUGGCUUAUCCCCAAUGUUGUGACAGGCUAAGGAGGCAGAGAAUCAUUUUUGGUGGGGAAUUUUGAAAUAGAAAGGUGGGACGGUGUCGUUGUCGUUAGGACGGUGAAUAUUAAUCGCUAGCUAGUUCCGUGUUGCAUGGGGAUCCUUUUGCUAAUGAAAGUGACCUUCUCAAUUA